UCGGAAGAUGCGUAGAAUUGCGGCUUCUAUAGGAAUAAUGGUAGCAAUUUUUGUGCGAAACUCCUUCGAGUUUCAACCCUUCACGAUCCGAAAUCAUAUUCUAGCACGAGGAACGAAAUUUCGAGAYCUAACCACAGAUUGGUAUGGCUGCCUGGAAASCUGCUCACAAGAUAAAAAAUGCACAUCGUACAAUUACUGGUUUUACGCUGUGGGAUCUUCAACUGGGGCUUGCGAGCUAAAUCGCUGUGGGAUAUCCAAGAACUGCGGUGGGCAUGACGGAAAUUUACUUUUUAAAAAUGGAGCCAUUUAUCAACAACUUCGUGAAAGCAAGAAAGACUGCAAUGAGACAUUGGAAACUGUGCCAGCUUCAUGCGCAGAAAUACGUGAGUUGAGCAACGCAAGUGGCCUUUACAUUAUAUCACCAGCCCCAGGCUACACKGUUCAAGUGUACUGCGAUCAAUCAACAGAUGGCGGGGGCUGGACAGUUAUACAGAGACGUAUAAAYGGUAGUGUGAACUUCUUUCGUGAUUGGAGCGAAUACAAGGAGGGAUUCGGAGACCAAGAGAAAGAGUUUUGGCUUGGUCUUGAUGCAAUUCAUGCUUUGACAACAAGGAAUAGAAAUAAAAUACGAAUAGAUCUCAAAGACUGUAAUAUGACCACUGCUCAUGCGCAGUAUAGCUCUUUCCAGAUUACCGAAGAGUCGGAGCAUUAUAGGCUAUUGCUAGGUGGAUACGAGAAAGGCGACGCUGGAGAUUCAUUUACAUUCCAGAACAACAUGAACUUCACCACGUUUGACCGCGACAAUGAUAGAAUGAAGGAUGAAAAUUGCGCUAAGAUGUUUAAAGGAGCUUGGUGGUACAACAACUGUCACUAUUCAAACCUGAACGGUGAAUACAAAUGUGGUCGUCAUAACACGUUUGCUGAUGGGAUGACAUGGAAGACUUGGAAAGGAUUCUACUACAGUGUUAAAGAAACCGAGAUGAAAAUCCGACCUGUUGAUUAUUAGGCGUGCGGAACCUUUAAUUUUAUAGAACGCUUUCUUUCCCWGCAAUAGAUGGGCUUCAAAGUUUUCAUUUCAACCAAUUUGAGAUUAAUAGGUAGUCCUUCACGGUUUUGCAAGACUGAACUUAUAUGAUUGGUUUACUAGCUAUUUGUUAAAUAAAAGAAAACAAUAGGAUUUUAGAACAAGGAAACAAUGAGCAUUGCUUUAUUCCUCCAAUCACAAGAAACCUUACAAACUCGUGAAGGUUAACAGGGAUUAAUAGGAGAGCAUAUUGACCUUCAAGUGAAGGCAAUUGGUUGAAUAGGUUAAUGGAAUUUCAAGUGCCCAAUUGUAAUUUUACAGUAAAUAUAUAUAAUACCCGGCAUAAUUUUGCCAACUAACACUGGAUGUUUACUUCAAAAGUAGUAUGGGWAAAUUAACAUACAUUUUGAGAUCUAAACCCU